GGGUGAUGACUUUCGGAUUGGGGCAGUCGUGUUAUGAUUUAGGUGGGUUUUAUUCAAACCAUUGAAGUACGCGCCGUUAAAAGACAUCUUUUUUACUGAUCAACUGUUUGGACUGCUGUAAAUUUUGUGCAGCAUUCGUGAUUUCAUCCACAAGGAGGACAAAGAGCCAUUUGCAGAAAUAUGGCGUAGACAAAAGAGGAAACCAUGAAGAUUGACAGAUCGAAGCUGCGCAAGAGCAGCUCGCAGGUGCCACCUGACUGCAAGGCAGUGAUAGAACAGCUGAAGAACUGUGAUGAGACAGAGCUGCUGAAGGAGCUGAAGAAGUUCGAGACAUGGAACCUGGGCAAGUGCGAGUUGUUCCACUGGAUCGACCUGUUAGACGUGCUGGAUGGCGUGCUGGAGGAGGCGGCGGCGCGGGUCCAGCCAGACGGCUGGAUGCUGGCCUGCGACCUGCCCACCUACAGCCCUAAACGGGAGCUCCUCCUACAAACGCUUCACUUCACGGCACUACUCAUUGAGCAUUCAUUUUCACGUCAUCUGUACAACUCCGUGGAACACCUGAUACAGCUGCUGGAGGCAUCUGAUAUGCAGGUGGUCCUCCAUGUCCUCAACCUCAUCUACAUGUUCAGCAAGAGAAGUAACUUCAUCACGCGCCUGGGUUCGGAGCGGCGCGGGGCGCUGAUCGUCCGCCUCACACACCUGGCCGAGAGCUGGGGCGGACGGGAAAACGGAUUUGGCCUGGCCGACUGCUGCAGAGACAUCCCCGUAUCGAGUCUUUCGCCCAGCGCGACGACGCUGCACUUCGAAUACUACCUGGAGGAGGGCGAGGCGGGCCAGGGCGCCGCGCUCCAGGUCAUCCACUACCCGGACGUGGACCAGCACCGCGACCAGACGGCCGCGCAGCUCAUGGAGCGCCUGCUGGCCACGCACAAGGUGCCCGAGAACAAACAGGUGAUGGUGUUCACGUACCUGCGACUGGCCAAGCUCUUCUCCGACUACCCGGCGCGGCUGUGCUGCGUGCAAGCCCGGCUGCAGGCGCUCUCCAUCCUAGUGUACUCGCACGCCUUCCAGGACAACGUGCACACGCUUUUGUACGCCGGCCUGCUGGAGGAGUUGGUGGAAAUGCUGGAGAUGACGGAGGAGAACCUGGUGGAGAUCAAGGCGGCGGCGCUGCGCACGCUCACCUCCAUUAUCCAUCUGGAACGGAACCCCAGCCUGCCCAAACUCAACACCAUCAUUGAGAUCACCGGGGCAAACACGUUCCACGGCUUCCUACCGCAGAUGGUGCGCAUGUGCAUCAACUACCUGACCACCGGCGUCGACCACCCGCUCAGCAGCUCGGUGCUGACGACGGCGCUCUUCUCGUUCCUGUACCACCUGGCCAGCUAUGAGUCGGGUGGCGAGGCGCUCGUGCAGUGCGGCAUGAUGCAGAGCCUGCUGGCCGUCGUGUCGUGGGCCGGCAAGGUGCCCGACCAUGUCACGUUCGUGACCCGCGCGGUGCGGGUGAUCGACCUCAUCACCAACCUGGACAUGACCUCGUUCCAAACGCACAGCGGCCUGCAGAAGUUCGUGGACCGGCUGGAGGCCGAGGUGGAUAUCUGCCGCAAGGAGCAGCCCUACCAGAUCCCAGUGGCAGCGGCGGUAGAGCGGCCCGCCGAGACUGCCGCCGCCGCUUCCGUCCCCGCCGCCACCGGCGCCGCGCCGCCAGCCACCAGCCCCGAGCGGAUGGACGUGGAGCCCGCGGCGGCGGCGGCGGCGGCGCCAGUGGCCGGUUCUACCUCGGCAGCCGCGUCGGCGCCGGUCGAGGCAGCGGCAGCCGGGCCGGAGGUGACCUGCCUGCCGCAGCGUAGCGCGCUGCUCAAGUCGCAGCUGAACUUCCUCAAGAAGGCCAUCCAGGACCCCUCGUUCAGCGAGAGCAUCCGCCACCUGAUGGAGGGCAGUCUGCCCAACACGCUGAAGCACAUCAUCAGCAACGCCGAGUACUACGGCGCCUCGCUGUUCCUGCUGGCCAUCGACGUGGUCACCGUGUACGCCUUCCAGGAGCCGUCGCUGCUCAGCUCGCUGCAGGAUAACGGGCUGACGGACGUGGUGCUGCACGCGCUCAUCGUCAAGGAGGUGCCGGCCACGCGCGAGGUGCUGAGCUCCCUGCCCAACGUGUUCAGCGCUCUGUGUCUGAACGCGCGCGGCCUGGAGGCGUUUGUGGCGGCGCAGCCGUUCGAGCGGCUGUUCCGUGUGCUGCUCUCGCCGGAGUAUCUGCCGGCCAUGCGGCGGCGGCGCGGCUCGGAGCCGCUCAGCGACACUGCCACCAAGCUCGGCAACGCCAUGGACGAGCUGAUGCGGCACCAGCCGAGCCUGCGCGUGGCCGCCACCGCCUCCAUCAUCCGCGUGCUGGAGAAGCUGUGCGAGAUGGGCCGCGACCCGCAGUACCUGUGCAGCCGCGCGGCCGGCAAGCCCGAGCCGGCAGUGGGCGCGUCGGUGCGCUCGAUGAGCCAGGAGGGCGGCUCGUCGGACGAGGAGGACGAGGAGGAGGACCUGCCUGGCGACGGCGCUGAUGAGAGCGCGACCCGCCCGCCCGACAAGGACGAGCCAGCCGCCAGCUCGGCCGCCGCCGCCUCCGAUGUCGAGAAGCAGCACGUGCCGCUCAUCGAUUACGUGCACAAUGUGAUGAAAUUCGUGGAUGCAAUUCUGAGUAACAACUCGACGGACGACCACUGUCGAGAGUUCGUCUCGCAGAACGGCCUGGCUCCGCUGCUGGGGAUCCUGGGCCUGCCGAACCUGCCGCUGGACUUUCCACAGGCGCCCGCCUGCCAGGCCGUGGCGUCCGUGUGCAAGUCAGUCCUGAACCUGGCGCACGAGGGCCAGGUGCUGAAGGAGGGCCUGCUGCGACUGAGCGAGGUGCUGGCCGCGCUCGAGCCGCUGCACGCCUGCCUGCCGGCGCCCGGCGGCUCCGUGCUGCUCCGUGAGCUGGCGGCCGCGCCGCAGCCGGCCAGCGCGCCGUCCACGCCGCGCGCCGCGCCGCUGCUGCACGCCAUGAGCGCCGCGCACGCCUACAUCGCCACGUUCAUCCACAUCUGCCGCACCAGCCAGACGGACAUCCGGCAGGUAAGCGUCAGCAGCUGGGGCUCCGAGCUGGGGCUGGCCGUCCUGCGCGACCUCUCGCGCCUCUACACGAGCAUCGUCUGGGAGAGCAGCGUGCUGCUGGCGCUCUGCACGCUCAACAGCCUGCCGGAGGACGCCCAGUUCGCGCGCGACGACAUGGACCGGCUCCUGGAGAACAAGGGCGACGAGGUGGGCAUGGAGGAGAGCGAGGACAGCAAGAUCCCGCCGAGCCUGCAGUACCAGAUGAAGGUGAUCAAGCCGGUGCUGGCGUCCGCCUCCAAGCUGGGCCGCGCCAUGACUGACCUGUUUGGGCUGCUUGUUAAGCUGUGCGUGGGCUCGCCGAUUCGACAGCGGCGGGGCCAGCAGCUCAACACCAUGAACCAGAUGGUGUCGCCGGCGGCGCGCAAGGUGGCGCACGCCAUCAACGCCAUGCUGGCCGAUGCCCUGGCGUUCCGGCCGCCGGGCUGCGUGCCGACGCCCAAGCUCAGGCUCACCUUCUUCACGUGCGCUGUCAGCUUCACCUCCUCCAUGCUGUUCGACGAGAAGAAGCUGCCCUACCACCUGAUGCUGCAGCUCUUCAAGUCCACCGGUGGCCUGGACGCCUUCUUCGCGGCGUUCCACUGGGCGCUGUCGAUGGACGGCUGCGUGCCGCCCGAGCAGGGCCUGGAGCACCCGGAGCUGCCCGAGGGCACGGCCGAGUUCCUCGACUCGUGGCUGAUGCUGCUCGAGCGGCUCGUCAGCCCCAAGCACCUGCUGGAGACGCCGCACACGCUGCCGAAGCUCACCACCGACGGCGCGUUCUCGGAGCCGUUCGACCCGCACCAGUUCAUGGCCGGCAUACACAAGUCGGCAUUCCAGGCGGUGAUGCUGAUCUGGAACCGGCAGCCGCUGGAGGGCUACGGCGGCCGCCUCUCGAUCUCGAUCUUGACCAUUCUGCGGCACGUGCUGCGCGGGGAGGUGAUCCUGAAGAAGCGGCGCGCCGCCGAGACGGCCGCCGCGGCCCUGGCCGCCGCGCCGGCCGCCGGCGCCACCGCCUCCGGCUCCGCCGCCGCCGCCGCUGCCGCAGCGGCUGCCGGCUCCGGCUCGGCCCAGGCGGCGCCGGCUUCCGCCGCCGCCCCAGAGCCGGCGCCGCCCGGCGAGGCCGUCGUGAUGGUGAACACGGACCAGCUGCAGCAGCUGCUGGACAUGGGCUUUCCGCGCCAAGCGUGCGUGGAGGCGCUGCAGGUGGCCAACAACAGCGUAGAGCAGGCCACCGACUACCUGCUGGCGCACCCACCCUCGCUACCUGAGCUCUCCGGGGUCAUGUCCGAGUGGUCGGACGACGGCCAGGUGGCGCGCGUGAUCGCCAUGUCGCUGGGCGCCGACCGCGAGGGCGGCGAGCGGAUGGACACGAGCGAGCAGCGGCCGCCGCCUGCCGACAGCCAGCCCAGCGAAGAGCCGCUCUCGGCCGGCCGCCUGGACGCCUUUACCAGCACCGUGCUGGACGGCUGCCUCAAGCUGCUCGACUCGCUGAGCGACACCGUCUACCGCACUUGCGACCUCAUCACGACCUGCAUCCAGCGCAACGGGUCCGAGUGGCGCGACCAGACGCUGCGCCACCUCGCCUCGCAGGUGUGCUACCACCUGGAGGAGCUGCUGCGCAUCUCUGAGAUGGCGGUGCCGGCCGACGAGCGGCUCGUGCAGCUCACCACCUUCCCCAGCGCCAACAAGGCGGCCGUGCGCAUCCAUCUGUUCUCGCUGCUAUUCGAGGAGAUGCACAUGCCGUGCGCGCUGGUGGCCACCUCCACGCCGCUGAUCCCGCUGUGCAUCCAGCUGCUGUGCCGGACAGAGCUGCUGCUGGCCAGCUGUCCGCAGCAGGCCGACCUCACCUCGCCGCGCUGGCUGGCGCCGCUCGUCGUCUUCAUCGACCUCUGCGAGAAGAUCGCCGUGGCGUCGCAGCGGCGCAGCGCGGUGGCCCAGAUCACCGGUCACCAGUGGCGCUGGUUCGAUCUGAGCUCGGGCAAAUGGUGUGGCUACCCGGCCGCCAACAACAAGUGCAUUGACGACGCCUACUGGGCAGGCGAGAGCCAGGUGCAGGUCAUCACGGGUCGCCGCAAGUACAACAUCAUCUUCAACACCAUGGUGCAGGUGAACGAGGAGACGAGUAACCGUCGGCCGGUGAUGAUCUGCCUGGCGGACCGUCCGACGGCCGACUCGGGCGCCGCGCCGGCCGUCGCCAGCGCCAGCGCCGCCGACGGCGACCGCAGCCCGCCGCCGGUCGCCGCCGCCGCCGCCGCCACCACCGUCGCCGCGCCAGCCACCAUCGAGUGCCUGUCAGACGGACAGUGCGCCGAGAUCCUGGCGGCAUGCGUCGGCCUGCUGGCGGCCGGCGUCGACGCCGACACGCUGCAGGCUGUGCUGCGCCUGUGUCUGCGCCUGACGCGCCAGCACGCGCUGGCCGUGCGCUUCGCCGAGCUGGGCGGCGUGCGUCACCUGCUGGCGCUGCGCCAGGCGUCGACGUUCGCCGGCCUCAACACGCUGGCCACGUUCCUGGUGCGCCACACCAUGGAGGACCCGGCCACGCUCCGGCACACCAUGGAGAAGAUCGUGCGUACGGCCACCAUGGCCAGCAACACCAACUACCGCGAGUUCCACUACAUGAUGCGCUCGCUGGCGCCGGCCGCCUGCCGUUCGCCAGACGACUUCGUUGAGGUGGCCAAACAGACGCUGCGCGUGGACCUGAGCGUGGCUAGCCGCAGAGCAGCCGGCGAGGAGGACCCGCGGCUCAUCACGAAGGCGCUGCCGGCGCGCGCCAGCCCGCCUCUAGCGGCAGCCUCCAGCUGCGCCCAGGCGGUGGUGGAGACGCUGCUGGACGCGUUGGUGGUGCCGUCGCGCACCACGCCCGAGCCGAGCCCCGAGGAGGCGGCGGCGGCCGAGCCGGCCGGCCCCAGUCAGCCGCAGCCGCAGACGGACUCUGGCAAGGCGGCCGGCAAGGACGGCAAGACGGCGGCGCAGAACCGGGCGGAGGAGGCCGAGCGGCGUCGGCGGCCGCUGCUGGCCAAGUCAUCCGUCUGCCGCCUGCUGGCCGAGCUGGUGCGCUCCUACACGGGCGUGGCCAAGGUGAUGACCGAGCACACGUUCUCGCCCGGGCCCGACUCCGACGUCAAGGAGGACUGUCCGGCGCUGGCCUACAUCCUGGACCACCUGGUGUCGGCCGAGCAGACCGGCGGCGACAAGGAAUGCGCCAGCUGCUGCCGCCUGCUGGUGGCCGCGCUGGCCGCCUGCAACCACUCGCCUGACGCUCAGGCAGCGCUCGUCUCAGAGGUGCGGCAGGCGCUGCUGCGCGUGCUCUCUUCGCCCGAGGCCGGCGACAAGCACGGCCGUAUCCAGGCGCUGACCGGCCUCAUUCACACCAUGAUAGAGAGCUGCCCCAGCUCCGGACCGCAGCCGCUGCCGGCGCCCGUCCGCGCCGGCGGUGUCGGCAUGAACAACAUGGUGAAGAUGAUGGUGCGGCGCGGCCUGCCGACGGAUCUGGCGCGGAUCUCGCACUCGCUCGAUCUGUCGUCGCCGCACCUGGCCAUGACCAUCAACGCCGUGCUGAAGCCGUUGGAGGUGCUGACCCGCAUGGUGAACUCGCCGUCGGCGGCGCCUGCCCAGCGCCGCCACAAGACGACCUCCACCAGCCAUGAGGCGACCCAGCCAAUCACCGAGCCCACGUCCAACUCGGAGGCGACGCGCGCCCAGGGCGAGUCGAUGCUGGAGGACCCGGAGAACACGGAGCACGACGUGUCGGUGACAGAGGCCACCUCCGAGGCGCACCCGGCCGACGGCGCCGACGAUAACGACGAGGUCGUCCUCGAGGAGAUCAUGGACCACUUGCUGGAGAGGAACACCGACCACCCGGGCGAGACGAUCCUGGCUGAGGCGCUGAUACUGGACGGCGGCGGCACCAGCGGCGGCGGCGCCCGCAUGGAGACGGAGGAGGCGGCGCGCGACCAGGCGGCGGCCGACGCCGAGACGCGCGACAGCGAGGCCGAGGAGGACGCCGACGGCGCCGAGGAGGAGGCUGAAGAGGAGGAGGAGCCUGAGCAGGACGACGAGGAGGAGGAGGAGGAAGAGGAUGACGACGAAGAAGAUGAGGAAGAUGACGACGAAGAGGGCUCCAAUUAUGACGAGGAUGGCGAGGACGCCGAUUUUGAAGAGAUGAUGUGUCUGAUCCAGGGCGGCAGCAGUGGCCGCGUCAUGGACCUGGACGACGUGUGGAUGGUGCAGCCGGAGCCGGCCGGCUCGUCUUCGGUGCUGUUCAGCCACGAGCAUCAGUCGGCGGCGCGCUUCAUCCCCAUGGCGCCGGUGGCGGGGCUGGGUGCCGCCGAGGACGCGGCCGCCACCGACACAGUGCCGGCGGCCCCCUCCGGCUCGGGCCAGGUGCUGCCCGUGCACCCGCUGCUGACGGUGCGCAACAGCAGCGAGGCCAUGCCGCUGCAGCGGUCUCGGCGCGCUGGCCACCAGCGCGGCGGAUACCGCUACAUCCACGUCAACACGCGUCACAACUCGCCGGCCAUUCUGCAGCGACUGCUGGGGCCGCACGCGCUGCAGCUGACGGUGAACCACAGCCUGUCAGGCUCCCUGCGCGAGUCGCCGCUGCUGCUGGGAGACCCGACCGAGUUCCGAGUCAUCACGCACCGGCCCGACGAGGACUGGCUUGAUCUCACGAACUCACUGGGCGGCCUGGUGGCCGGCACGCCGGCGGCCGGCGGCCUCUCCUCCAUCCCGUCGGCGCUGUCGCGCUGGACGGAGGAGUCACGCGUCCUGGACACGGUCGGCCUGUACGACUGCGUGACCGCCUGCAAGCCGGAGGUGCUGGCGCUGCUGGAGGCCAGCCGCGAGCAGGAGCUGGCCGAGCGGCGUCAGCAGGAGGAGGAGCGCAGGAGGCAGGAGGAGCUGGCCGAGCCAGCACCGGCGCCGCCGACGUCCGAGGCGGCGCCAGUCGCCUCCCAGAGCUCACCGAGCGUGUCGGCGGCCGUCACGCAGCCAGCGGCGACGACGCCCGCCUCCAGCACGCCGGCCACAUCGACAGCCGGCUCGGGCCUGCGUGUCUCCGUGCCGGCCAACCUCAGCUCCGUGUCGCGCUACGUUGAGUCGAUCCUCUCGCCAGCGAUGCUCGCCUUCACGUCAUCGGCUUCGUCGCAGACGACGUCGGCGUCGGUGCUGGACACGCUGUCGCGGCUGCAGAACACGGUCGGUCAGCUGCCCGCCUCCUCGUCGCCCGAGGUCAUCAUGGACACGCUGCUGUCGCAGUUCGGCGCCACCGGAAUCCGCGCGGGCGCCGCCGGUCUGCCGCCGCCGCCGCCCCUGCCGCCGCCGGAUCCCGAGGCGCCAACGCCGCCGCCGCCGCCGGCGGCAGGGCAGGCCGCGUCCGUCGUCUCCAUGGAGACCCAGAGCGGUGAGGCGGCGCCCGAGCCGGCCGGACCGGCGGCCGAGGCCGGCGAGCUGGCCACGCCGCCGCCCCGAGCGGCGAGACCGAAGUCGCGCGGCCGGCCGCAGGAGGACUUCUCGUCGAUCCUGGGCGACAUGGAGAUCCCGGAGGGCGUGGACCCGUCGUUCCUGGCGGCGCUGCCCGAUGAGAUGCGCCAGGAGGUGGUGGCCGAGCAGCUGCGCUUGCAGCGCAUUCGGCAGCGGUUCCGGCAGGCCCAGACCUCGCAGCAGCAGCCCACCAUGGAGGUGAGCCCCGAGUUCCUGGAGGCGCUGCCGCCGGCCAUUCAGGAGGAGGUGCUGGCGCAGCAGCGGAUGGAGCAGCACCGCGUGGCCGUGGCCAGCGCGCUGCCCGAGGACCCCGUCGACCCGGGCGACUUCCUGCAGACGCUGCCGCCGCCGCUGCGGCAGACGAUUCUGGCAGACCUGGAGGACAGCCAGCUGGGAGUGCUGCCGCCCAGCAUGGCGGAGGAGGCGCAGACGCUGCGCAGAGAGUGGGAGGCCCGCAACAGACAGAACCCCUACGAGCCUAUCGACUACUCUGUGCGAACGCGUCUGAACCAGCGCUACGCCUUCCACCUGUCGUCGAGCAUGCCGUUGCCGCGGCCGUCCGGCUGGCGGUCGUUCGCGUCGGGCGCCGGAGCUGGGUCCGGUGGCGGUAGCGGCGGUGGCGGUUCCUCCUCCGCCCACCUCAUGCGGCUGCGCGGCCGCCAGCUGCUGGACCAGGAGUCCAUUACCUGCCUUCUAGUGUUGCUGUUCCUGGACGAGCCAAAGCUGAACACGUCGCGCCUGCACCGCGUGCUCCGCAACCUCUCCUACCACUGCCACACGCGAGAGUGGAUCGUCAAGUCGUUGCUGUCCAUGCUGGACCGCAGCGACGCCACGGCGGCCGCCGCCUCGGCCGUCGCCACCGUGCAGACCUCGUCGCCGGCCCCGGCGGUCGCCGCCGGCCGGCCGGCCAAGCGGCGCGCGCCGCCCGCCGCGCCCGAAGUGGUGGACGUGCUGGCGGGCACGCCUCAGCGCGAGCCGCCGGCCGCCGCCGCGCCGGCGCCCAGCUGGCUCAACAUCAGCAUGGACGCGGCGCUCGGCUGUCGCGCCAACGUCUUCCAGCUGCAGCGUACGGGUCCGGCGGCGCCGGCCGGGGGCGCCGUCAAGCGUCUGGAGCGCGCCACCCACAUGGCCGUGCACCCGCAGGCGGCGUCGGUCGUUUGUCGGCACGCGCUAGACGCGCUCAUCUCGCUGGCCAAGUGUUUCCCGAGCAACUUUCUGCCUUCUGGCCGGCCGGAGCGGACCGAGCGGCGGCCGGCCGGCUGGCGCCACGCCGACCUCUGGGAGCUGCUGCUGCGGCUGGACGCGCAGGCCGGCCGCGCCGCCAAGGGCAAGAGUCUGGCGCGUACGCACAGCGGCCAGCCGACCGACGCGGACGAGGCGGCGACGCCAGCCGGCCUGGCCGCCUCCGCUUUCGGCCACCUCAUGGCCAUGCUCGACCACCCUGUGAUAAAGAAGUCGUCGCAGCUGACGGACAGCCUGCUGCGCCUGCUGUCGUUCAUGUCGGCCGGCGUGCGUGAGCUGACCGACCGGCCCGACCAGCUGGGUGAGGUGGCGCCCAUGAAGCCGCUGAUCGGCCGCGCUGUGCGCGUGCUCACCAGCAAGUCGUGCUCCGAGGAGGGCAUGGACGACGCCACCAAGCUGCUGCUGCACAUCUCCAACGGGCCGGCACCCGUCAGUGAUCUGGUGAUGGACCUGCUGUUGGAGGGCGCCCGCACGUUGGGCCACACUGUGUGCGGCCACAUCCAGAAGCUGCACGGUGACCUGGAGCAGAUGGCGCCCUGGUUCGAGCUGGCCAACCAGGAGGGCGGCGGCGAGGAGGAGCAAGCCUCGCCGGACCGCGCCGACCGCAUGGACCACGGCAGCAUCCAGAACCGCUACACCCGCGAGCGCAUCGUCAUCAACGCCUCGAAGCGGGCGAAGGCGUCCGGCAUGGAGCUGCGCUUGCCGUCGAUGACGGCGCUGACCACCAAGGGCUCGUCGCAGCAGUUCUUCCUGCGCAUCCUCAAGGUCAUCAUCCAGCUGCGUAACUCGGCCGUCAGCAAGGCGAGCAAGGCGGCCGGCUCGGCGCGCGCCGCCGCCCAGGCGGAGCGGCCAGCCGCCGCCGCCUCCGCCGCUUCCGCCACCGCCGCUGCCAGUGCAGCCGCCGCCGCCGCCGCCCAGGCCAGCCCCAACGCCAUGGAGGUGGACCCUACAGGCGGCGCGGCGACGGCAGCUCAGGAGGCGGCCCAGGAGCAGGAGCAGGAACAGGAGCAGGAGGAGCCCGAGGAGCCAUUGCCAGCGCUUAGCCGGCUGCUGGACCUGCUGCAGCUGUGGGACACGCUGAGCCAGUGCCUGCGUGAGCUCGAGCACACCCCCGACCAGCACGCCGUGCUCAUCCUGCAGCCGGCCGUGGAGGCGUUCUUCCUGGUGCACGCGGCCGCCGAGGAGCACACCAAACGACAGCCGCAGAGCCGCCAGGAGCAGCUGGCGCACAUCGCCGACUCGCAGCCGCUCUCGCCGCUGCCGUCCAGCUCGUCGGAGCUGCAGACGGCCGCGCGCCGCGACGACGACGACGACACCCGCAAGUUCCUGCAGUUCGCCGAACAGCACCGCACAGUGCUGAACCAGAUCCUGCGCCAGAGUGCCACCCACCUAUCGGACGGGCCGUUCUCGGUGCUGGUGAACCACACGCGCGUGCUCGACUUCGACAUCAAGCGGCGCUUCUUCCGGACCGAGCUGGAGCGGCUGGACGAGGGCCUCCGCCGCGAGGACCUGGCCGUGCACGUGCGGCGCGCGCACGUGUUCGAGGACUCCUACCGCGAGCUGCAUCGCCGGUCGCCGGAAGAGUGGAAGAACCGCUUCUACAUCGUGUUCGAGGGCGAGGAGGGGCAAGAUGCGGGCGGCCUGCUGCGCGAGUGGUACAUCAUCAUCUCGCGCGAGAUCUUCAACCCCAUGUACGCGCUGUUCUGCACGUCGCCUGGCGACCGGGUCACGUACAUGAUUCACCACAUGUCCCACUGCAACUCGAACCACCUCAGCUACUUCAAGUUCGUGGGACGCGUGAUCGCCAAGGCGCUGUACGACAACAAGCUGCUGGACUGCUACUUCACGCGCUCGUUCUACAAGCACAUCCUGGGGAUCUCGGUCAAGUACACCGACAUGGAGGCGGAGGACUACGAGUUCUACAAAGGACUGGUCUACCUGAUCGAGAACGACAUCUCCGAGAUGGGCUACGAGCUGACCUUCAGCACGGACGUGCAGGAGUUCGGCGUGAACGAGGUGCGCGACCUGAAGCCCGGCGGCCGGCACAUCAAGGUCACCGAGGAGAACAAGAUGGAGUACGUCCGGCUGGUCUGUCAGAUGAAGAUGACAGGCGCCAUCCAGAAGCAGCUGAAGGCGUUCCUCGAGGGCUUCUACGACAUCAUCCCGAAGCACCUGAUCUCGGUGUUCAACGAGCAGGAGCUGGAGCUGCUCGUGUCUGGCCUGCCCACCAUCGACCUCGACGACCUCAAGGCCAACACCGAGUACCACAAGUACCAGCCCAACUCGCUGCAGAUCCAGUGGUUCUGGCUGGCGCUGCGCUCCUUCUCGAACGAGGACCGAGCCAAGUUCAUCCAGUUCGUGACGGGCACGUCGCGCGUGCCGCUGCAAGGCUUCGCCGAGCUACAGGGCAUGAACGGCGCGCAAAAGUUCCAGAUCCACCGCGACGACCGGUCCACCGACCGCCUGCCCUCGGCACACACCUGUUUUAACCAGCUGGAUCUGCCGGCGUUCGAGACGUACGACAAGCUCCGCGAGAACCUGCUGAAGGCCGUCCAGGAGUGCUCGGAGGGGUUCGGGUUCGCCUGAGCGGGCCUUGCCGCGUGCACAGCACCGCGCCGGCCGGCCGCCCAAGUUGCGUUUUAUUUUUGUUUGGUUGCGACGCGCUGCGGGGG